AUGUUUAGGGACUGGAUUAAAAUACAUCAUGUUUCAUUUCUAGCAGGCUGUAAUUAUGUGAUGCAUAUAGGAACUGUAAUGCUCCAUUGUGGUUUCCUGAUUAUAAAUUUCGCAUUGUUUGCUUAUUUAUUUACUUUACGCACAUUCAAAGCAACAAGGAAGUUGACAAGAGUCGGUCACGGUGAUUUUACUUAG